AUUUCUUUUCCUGUGCACGUCUCUUUCUUUCUCCGUGUGUGGAACAGGUUCUUUAAAAGUAGGAGCCAGAGGCUCGGGGGACGAGUCGGGCCGGAGGAUGGGGAGUGGGUGCGCUCCUGGGGUCGUUUGUUUGAAUUCUGGCUUUGGCACUAGCGGUGGAGUUGGUUCCUAACAGAGGCUUCCAUUCACCGCGCUGGUGGAUGUGGAUGGGAAACUCCAUAGUUUGGGAACCUAAGGAAUCGCUGGUGGAAAUGUGCGCAAAGUUUGCUCUUAGUGAGGAAUUGAUGUGGCCUUUGAACAUGGGAACUCCCAAGUUCUAUGUACGCGAGAGAAGCUGCCCGCAAACUGACAAGAGACAAAAGUUCUUCAGUUUAUACGUUGCUUGGGAACUGUGUCACCUCGGCUGGCCAGCGUGCCUGAUGUUCCCGGGGUAUUGUUGAGUAAGAGUGGUGCUGGUAAAGUGUCUUGUUAUUAAAGUUGCCUGAAAUUUCUGGUUUUGACAUAUGCCAUCCUUAAGUAUGUGAGUGUGUGUGUGUGUGUGAGAGAGAGAGAAUAUAUAAAAAGUACAGUUAAGGAACUGUGAAGCUACCAGAGGGUUAAUACCCAGCGCACACAUAUCUCCAAGGGCUGUGGAGGUCAAGUCUCCUCUCUACGUUUUCUGGUUAACCUUCCAACCCCCACUGAAGCAAGAUUGUGGGGGAGGGGAGAGAACAGAAGUAGUGCAUGUUUGGCUUUCUUUUUCAUUCCUAAUGAGAUUGUUUGUGCUCUAGAAUGCCUUCCAAGUGGGAACAUCUGAAAUUACUAGGGCACAAGAAUGCCUUGUUCCAGCAAAUAUUGUGGAAGGCUUAUGGGGAAGGUAUUCAGCUUGCUCUGAUGGGAAGUACUUACAGCACUGGUGCCAAUACUGUACAAGUGGUAUUUCCCACCUAAUAAUGCUCCUGGAAAAGUAAGGUCCCCUUUUCUCACCCCUGGGACAUUAAAAGAUGUUGAAAUGCAUCCUAGGAAACCAAACACCAAUUUGCCUGUAUCUUCAAUCCCUAUGCUCUGUCAAAAGCAGUUAAGAAACUUAGAUGGUUCCAUUCAAAUUGCCUUUUCCUUUAUCCAGGCCUUGCUCACAAUUUGGAAGGGGAGGGGGAUUGAUUUUUCAUUUCAUAUUCUUGACUUCUGCUAACUUUCUUCUUCUUCUCCAAAAGAAAAAAAAAAAAAAAACACUUUCACCAUAAGGAGAAAAGUGUAUAUGAGAAGGUUCCAAUGUUACAUUUUUUCUUAAACUUUAGUCUUUUUCUUCUUAGGUCUGAAUUAAACUAAAAUAGAAAUGACCCUUCUGCCCACAUUGUAGAAAAGGGUCUAAUUUAUUGCAUCAUAAGUGUGAAAUUGCUCAUAGAAUACUUUUUUUUUCCUUCAGGAUCUCCUCUCUGCAAGGAUUUACAUAGUGCAACGGGUGGCAUUUUCUGUUGUUUCAGGCAUCUCUUUCACAUUUUCACUUCAACUGGUCUGUUGGUAAAAGCAACACACUAAUUUUCAAUGAGGCAAACAGAGAGGGCAUAGAAAGGCCUGCUUGGUCGGCCCUUGUACACUCAAUCCAAUCUCUGUCGGGAAGACACCCUGAAGCUUCUUAUGUCUGUAUUGCAGGGAGGCACUUGGACAGCCUGGACUCCUUGUUGCUUUUCUAAAAAUCUUGGAAACUUUGUCCUUCAUUGAAUUACGACACUGUCCACCUUUAAUUUCCUCGAAAACGCCUGUAACUCGGCUGAAGCCAUGCCUUGUGUUCAGGCGCAGUAUGGGUCCUCGCCUCAAGGAGCCAGCCCAGCUUCUCAGAGCUACAGUUACCACUCUUCGGGAGAAUACAGCUCCGAUUUCUUAACUCCAGAGUUUGUCAAGUUUAGCAUGGACCUCACCAACACUGAAAUCACUGCCACCACUUCUCUCCCCAGCUUCAGUACCUUUAUGGACAACUACAGCACAGGCUACGACGUCAAGCCACCUUGCUUGUACCAAAUGCCCCUGUCCGGACAGCAGUCCUCCAUUAAGGUAGAAGACAUUCAGAUGCACAACUACCAGCAACACAGCCACCUGCCCCCCCAGUCCGAGGAGAUGAUGCCACAUUCCGGGUCGGUUUACUACAAGCCCUCCUCGCCCCCGACGCCCACCACCCCGGGCUUCCAGGUGCAGCACAGCCCCAUGUGGGACGACCCGGGGUCUCUCCACAACUUCCACCAGAACUACGUGGCCACUACGCACAUGAUCGAGCAGAGAAAGACGCCGGUCUCCCGCCUCUCCCUCUUCUCCUUUAAGCAGUCGCCCCCGGGAACCCCAGUGUCUAGUUGCCAGAUGCGCUUCGAUGGGCCCCUGCACGUCCCUAUGAACCCGGAGCCCGCGGGCAGCCACCACGUGGUGGACGGGCAGACCUUCGCUGUGCCCAACCCCAUUCGCAAGCCAGCGUCCAUGGGCUUCCCCGGCCUGCAGAUCGGUCACGCGUCGCAGCUGCUGGACACGCAGGUCCCCUCUCCGCCAUCGCGGGGCUCCCCUUCCAACGAGGGGCUCUGCGCAGUGUGCGGCGACAACGCGGCCUGCCAGCACUACGGCGUACGCACCUGUGAGGGCUGCAAAGGCUUCUUUAAGCGCACAGUGCAAAAAAAUGCGAAAUACGUGUGUUUAGCAAAUAAAAACUGUCCAGUCGACAAACGGCGCAGGAAUCGCUGUCAGUAUUGCCGAUUUCAGAAGUGCCUGGCUGUUGGAAUGGUCAAAGAAGUGGUUCGUACGGACAGUUUAAAAGGCCGGAGAGGUCGUUUGCCCUCGAAACCGAAGAGCCCACAGGAGCCCUCUCCCCCCUCUCCCCCGGUGAGUCUGAUCAGUGCCCUUGUCAGGGCCCAUGUCGACUCCAACCCGGCUAUGACCAGCCUGGACUAUUCCAGGUUCCAGGCGAACCCUGACUAUCAGAUGAGUGGAGAUGACACCCAGCAUAUCCAGCAAUUCUAUGAUCUCCUGACGGGCUCCAUGGAGAUCAUCAGGGGCUGGGCAGAGAAGAUCCCUGGCUUUGCCGACCUGCCCAAAGCCGACCAGGACCUGCUUUUUGAAUCAGCUUUCUUAGAACUGUUUGUCCUACGAUUAGCUUACAGGUCCAACCCAGUGGAGGGUAAACUCAUCUUUUGCAAUGGGGUGGUCUUGCACAGGUUGCAAUGCGUACGUGGCUUUGGGGAAUGGAUUGAUUCCAUUGUUGAAUUCUCCUCCAACUUGCAGAAUAUGAACAUCGACAUUUCUGCCUUCUCCUGCAUUGCUGCCCUGGCUAUGGUUACAGAGAGACACGGGCUCAAGGAACCCAAGAGAGUGGAAGAACUGCAAAACAAGAUUGUAAAUUGUCUCAAAGACCAUGUGACUUUCAAUAACGGGGGUUUGAACCGCCCCAACUAUUUGUCCAAACUGUUGGGAAAGCUCCCAGAACUCCGUACCCUUUGCACACAGGGGCUACAGCGCAUUUUCUACCUGAAACUGGAAGACUUGGUACCACCGCCAGCAAUAAUUGACAAACUUUUCCUGGACACUUUACCUUUCUAAGACCUCCUCCCAUGCACUUCAAAGAACUGGAAAGAAAACCAGAACUGUCGAGAGGGGGCAAGUCACAGGGGCAGAGAUAGCCCCCUGAGCUGUCUCAGCUCAAGCUGCCCUCCUCCCCUUCUGUAAAACCCCCAGUCCCUUGAGCUCUAAAGAAAACAAACAAACAAACAAAAACUGUUGCUAUUUCCUAACCUGCAGGCAGAACCUGAAAGGGCAUUUUGGCUCCGGGGCAUCUUGGAUUUAGAACACGGACUACACACAACACAGUGGUACAAACUUUUUAUUAUCAGUUUAAAAAUCAGUUUUAUUGUUCAGAAGAAAGAUUGCUAAUGUAUCAUGGGAAAUGUUUGGCCAUGCUUGGUUGUUACAGUUAACACAAAUGUAAUACACACACAUACACACACACACACACACACACACACACGAUCUUAAGGGGACCCACAAAUAUUGCCCUUUAACAAGACUUCAAAGUUUUCUGCUGUAAAGAAAGCUGUAAUAUAUAGUAAAAUUAAAUGUUGCGUGGGUGGCAUGAGUUGAAGAAGGCAAAGGCUUGUAAAUUUAUCUAAUGCAGUUUGGCUUUUUAAAUUAUUUUGUGCCUAUUUAUGAAUAAAUAUUACAAAUUCUAAAAGAUAAGUGUGUUUGCAAAAAAAUGAAAAUAAUUACAUAAAAAAGGGACAAGCAUGUUGAUUCUAGGUCGAAAAUGUUAUAGGCACUUGCUACUUCAGUAAUGUCUAUAUUAUAUAAAUAGUAUUUCAGACACUAUGUAGUCUGUUAGAUUUUAUAAAGAUUGGUAGUUAUCUGGACUUAAACAUUUUCUCAAUUGUAAAAUAGGUGGGCACAAGUAUUACACAUCAGAAAAUCCUGACAAAAGGGACACAUAGUGUUUGUAACACCGUCCAACAUUCCUUGUUUGUAAGUGUUGUAUGUACCGUUGAUGUUGAUAAAAGAAAGUUUAUAUCUUGAUUAUUUUGUUGUCUAAAGCUAAACAAAACUUGCAUGCAGCAGCUUUUGACUGUUUCCAGAGUGCUUAUAAUAUACAUAACUCCCUGGAAAUUACUGAGCACUUUGAAUUUUUUUGUUUUUUUUUUUUAAUGUCUAAAAUUGUCAGUUAAUAUAUUAUUUUAUGUUUGAGUAAGAAUUUUAAUAUUGCCAUAUUCUGUAGUAUUUUUCUUUGUAUAUUUCUAGUAUGGCACAUGAUAUGAGUCACUGCCUUUUUUCUAUGGUGUAUGACAGUUAGAGAUGCUGAUUUUUUUUUUCGAUAAAUUCUUUCUUUGAGAAAGACAAUUUUAAUGUUUACAACAAUAAACCAUGUA